GAACUCAUUACCUGUUGAACUCUCGCCUUGUGAGAAUGUCUACGUUUUGUAAUUUGUUAGUUUUCUUCUGUCUUCACUUGCUUUAUGCAAAAUGCACAGUUUGUGCAGAGACCGACCCCGUAGUGACUACGAAGCUAGGGGAACUACAGGGUGCUACCGAUACGUUGUAUGAUGGAUCCACAUACUACAGUUUCAAGGGCAUCCCGUAUGCUCAGGCUCCGGUUGGGCAGCUGAGGUUCAGGGCUCCCCUGUCACCUGAACCCUGGGAAGGCAUACGCCAAGCGACCGAAUAUGGUUCCAUCUGCGCGCAAACAGACUCCGUCUUCCAAGGCUCCGAAGACUGCUUAUUCCUCAAUGUCUUUACCAAAUCCCUCAAUGGUAGUACACCUGUCAUGGUCUACAUCCACGGAGGAUCCUAUUCAUCUGGAUCUGGAAACGAUAUCCUAUACGGACCAAAGUUUCUUGUUCAACAGGAUGUUGUCCUGGUCACCUUAAACUACAGACUUGAAGUGCUUGGAUUCUUAAGUGUGGAUACUUCUGAGGUUCCUGGCAAUGCAGGUAUGAAGGACCAAGUUGCUGCAUUGAAGUGGGUAAAAGAGAAUAUAGCAGCGUUUGGAGGUGAUCCCGACAAUAUUACGAUUUUUGGUGAGAGUUCCGGGGCUUGCUCAGUGACUCAUCAUAUUUUGUCGCCGAUGACUACUGGACUCUUCCAUAAAGUUAUCGCGCAAAGUGGUAGUAGCGUCCAUGAUUGGGCGAUAGGUGAAGACAGCAAGAACAGAGCAUUUAGAGUUGGAAAAGUUUUAGGAAAAGACACGGACAAUACCACUGAGCUGAUUGAGUUCCUAAGAACUCUACCAGCAGCUAACUUAACUAAUUUAACAGCUGCUACGACUACAGAUGAUGAGAAGUAUAGAGGACAACCUGAGAAAUUUUUGCCUGUUGUUGAAAAGACAUUUGAUGAUGUCGAAGCGUUUCUAAGCGAAAAUCCUUUGGAUAUUCUUCAGUCGGAAACAAUUCGCAAAGUUCCAUUGAUGAUAGGUUAUAACUCCGCAGAAGCCAUUCUUAUGAUUCAAGAUCGCUUAGGAAUGUUAGACAUUUAUAAUAAUAAUCCAUCCUACGACGUACCUACAGAGAUCGCCAAAAACUUAACCCAAAAGGAAAUGAAUGAUACGGGCAUAGCAAUAAGGACAUUUUAUAUUGGUGACAGAGAAUAUACAGCGAACGAUUAUAAUGAGAUUGUCACUAUGUUGUCUCAUGGGAAUUUCAUCUACGACACACAUAGAUUCACAUACUUGUAUGCUAAACACAGCAGUCCCAUUUAUAUGUACAGAUUCAGUUACGUUAGUGACCUUAAUUUUUUAAAAUCAUUAUAUAGUACCGGUUUGGAUUUGGAAGGAGCCUGCCAUGGAGACGAUGUAUUUUAUAUGUUUUCUAGUGAUUAUACCAAAGAUGCUUACGAAUCGCAAGAAAACUUGAAGGAAUACGUAACGAAGGUGACAAAAUUAUGGACGGAUUUUGCUAAAACCAGCAACCCAACUCCAGAUAACUCCUCUGAACUAAUAUGGCCGGUAUACACGACAGAGAACAAGGAAUAUUUAGAUAUCAACGUACAGUCGACGACGGGUAACUUCGCGAAUAAGACGAACGUAGAAUUUUGGGACAGCUUGUAUUGUGAAGCUGGCUUGCCUUGCAUUGGGAAUAACUAAUUUUAUUCUAAAGUCUUGUCUAGGUAGGAGAGAGUGGGUGAAUUUUGGACACUUAAGGUCAUCAUUGAAUGAAUCCAAAUCGCCACCAGCGAUGGCCCAAUCUUAUAUACAUAAAAAUGGGCUACGACGGGACGGUAUAGUGCAAAUUAAUGUACCUGCCUUUGCAGUAUAAAACGAGCGAGAUCAUCGCCAACAAACUGCUUCGCAGAUUGGCGAAACCAUUGAUAUUAUGGUGCACAUAUUUUUUUUAUAUUUCCAUGUUAUCAAUAACAAAAUAAUAUCAUUAGUGAUACAUAUCUUUUUAUCUAAAUAACUUUCGUUAUUAGUUUUUAAAACCAUCAUCAGUAAUUAUUAGUUACUAAUCAACAAGUAUAUUUUUUCAAAAAAUACAAAAUAUUUUCCGUCCGCAAUCCCUCAUUGCCCGUGAGAUAAAUACAGCGUUGGUUGGUUUAUAAAGCUCAUAUCUAUUAAAGAACCUUAUCGGCGAACACAUGAACGUCCCCAAUUACCCGUAGUCCCGUAUUAUCCCACUCUCCUGUACGUGUUUUAUGGUUUUGUGUUAUCAGAUUUUUACGUGGUCUUGCCGGCCAAUAAUGGCAUGAUAACAGUUUUGUACAUUUAUUUUGAGACAUAUACUUAAUAAACUUACAUGGUCACCGAGUUUUUAACAUUUUGGAUCUUAAUUGUAAUGUCAAACUAUAGUAACAAAAAUGUCUAAAAUCUAUGUCAACGUCAAAUUAUUUUUAAUAAACCACUUACACACAUAAA